UGUCAUCGAUGUUUUAGAAAUAUGUGAAUGGAAAUUCAAUUCGAAAUUUUCAGUGUAAAAGUAAAUGUAUAAUUUUGUUUACUUCAAAUCAAAUGCCUGAUUUAGAUCCUUACGAUAUCGUUCAUCCAGAUUGCAUAACAUGUUGUGAUAAUGAGAAAUCAAAACGUAUACAAUAUGCAGAUGAAGCUCGUGAUUAUAUGAACGAAUGUGUUACUAAAAAUAAAACAUUACCACCGCAUGUUGUUAAUUUAGUCGACAAAGAUGUGGAGACGUGUCGUAAAAAGACAAGUUCAGAUGAUAACGAAGAACUACGUCGAAGAGCGUUCGCGUUAUACAAAAGCUAUGUAGAAGGAAGGAAAGAAGAUGGAAAAUGUCCUACCUGUGUUUAUAUAGGACCACGUGGUGAAAAAGUAUUAUUCAAAGGUGACGCUCUUAAAAAUGAAGAUGUUUAUUGUGAUUACGAUCCAUCGUUCAAUCACUUUCUAUCUGUUGCCUUCAUGAUUCUAUUUGUUAUGCUUUUGUUUACUUCAGGGUUUAUAUAUGUUGUUGCAAAUACGAGAUCUUUGAAGGAGUUUUUUCGUGAUUUUAUAUUAUUUAUUGCUAUUCCUGCUUUGAUCGUAAUCAUAGUAUUAAAUUUUUCAAUGUGCUACUUUAAAUGUUCAAGAUUGGUACCGUGUAAUUUUAUAUACAUUCUUGUUGCGGUGUUCACGUAUAGUAUCUUGGCAGGCGUGUUGACUGCAAUACUCGAAACGACUAUUAUAUUUUUUGUAUUUGCCGCUACAACCGUUGUUGUUCUAUUUUGGAUAUUGUUAGGAUUCACAAGAUACAACUUCAAAGAAUGGUCACUAUAUUUGUACACGAUAUUCCUUGAGAUCGCUGCUGUUAUUGCCUUAGUAUUUUUGUUCAGAACAUUUACUAAAUUACGUUAUGGUUUAGUACAGUUUUUUAUUGCACUUUGCUGUACAAUGCUAUAUGAUGUGAUAAUGGUGAUGAACCUACAGAUGAUAUUAUCUGGUAGAAUAAUGGAACUGGAUGAAACUGAUUUUGCGAUGGCUGGGAUACUAUUGUAUACUUCAUUAGUGGAGUUAUUUUGGUCUUUAAUUCAAGUAACAGGACUUUAUGACAAAUGUUCAUAAAUGUUUAAGCUUUAAUACAUGUUAUAAACGUU